GCCAAUCAGCUAGCUGGUUUUGCGGAGCGCAGUUUAGUGUGCGGGAAGCCCCGCCCCUCCCCUCGCUGUGAGUUCAGGCAGCUAGUCGGAGCAGCUGUCGUUAAAACUAAUCUGGAUAUACUGGAUAUUUUUCUAAAAGAAAGAGUAAGUUCGUCAUGGCGUCUGGAGGACACAGAACCUUCUCAUUUAAAGUGGUUCUGCUGGGAGAAGGCCGAGUGGGGAAGACCUCAGUCAUACUGAGAUACUGCGAGAAUAAGUUCUACGAUAAGCACAUUUCUACCCUGCAGGCCUCGUUCUUUAAUAAGAAGUUGAACAUUGCAGGGAACAGAGUGAAUCUCUCUAUCUGGGACACGGCCGGGCAGGAGAGGUUUCAUGCUCUUGGUCCGAUUUACUACCGAGAGUCUAACGGAGCUGUUCUGUUGUACGACAUCACGGACUCAGACUCCUUUCAGAAGGUAAAACUGUGGGUGAAGGAAUUGAGGAGAAUUCUGGGUAAUGAAGUGUGCCUGUGUAUAGUGGGCAACAAAACAGAUCUGGACAAAGACAGAAAUGUUUCAGCUGAAGAGGCCGAAAGGUAUGCUGAAGCAGUUGGGGCUCAGCACCAUCAGACCUCUGCUAAACUUAACACAGGAAUAGACCAGCUCUUCCUCAGCCUCUGCAAACUGGCCUUGUUCUCUGAUUGCUCUGCAGGUAUGAUGGACGCAGUGGUGCUAGAGGAGCGUUCCAGAGCCAAUAACUUACCGUACUCAGGCCACUCCCACCACCACAGCCUGCAGAUAGUGGACAGUGAACAAGAGGAAACCACGGCACCCAGAGGAUCCUGCUGCUUCUCUGCAUAACUGCAUUGGCCCCUGUUACAGACACUAAUACCGACACUAACACCAGAUGUGUGUGUGUGUGUGUGUUUGUGUGUUUCUGUUUCUGAUCUUUUGCCAAUAUGGCCAAAACUAGGUAUGUCCACAUUAGUCCAGAAGUGUCAAUGUCAGAUUGGCGGUGUCAACAUCAUAUCAGUCCAGGUGUAUCCUAGAAUUCUCAACAUCAGUCUAAAGGUGUCCACAUCAUUCUCUUGUGUGUCCAAUCCAGGGGUGCCAAUGUCAGUGUAUGUCAUUCAGUGUCUGUUAGUCCAGGGGCUUACACAUCAGUUGGUGUUCUAGACAUCAGGGUGUCUAGAACCAGCAAAAUUGAUGAAUUUUCACAAGAAGGGAAGACAUAGCUAAACAUUUACUGCAUUGCAUGAGUGUUUUUUUUAAUUAUUGUUACUGAAAGGAAAGACCCCUGAAACCCCACCAGCAGUAUUGAAAUAGUGUGUGUGUGUGUGUGCGUGUGUGUGUAUGUGAAGGAUCUGAGAGUAUUUCCGGAAUUUCUCUACAAACUAUUAUGUUUUAUAGAAGUAAACACAUAUAAAUGUAUUUUCACUUCAGUUCUUUAAUAGCAUCAUUAAUAUUUUACAAAUGUUUAAUUUUCAGUGUUAUUAAGGUGCACUUUAGUAUGCUAACAACAAUGUUUUUAGAAUAAAGUGCCAUGUUAUUAAAGUCAGUUUUACUUUGAGCUACAUACUUUAAUAAAAUACUUUCUGCUACAAAA